AUGGCUGGAGGUUUCCUCCCAUAUCACGAACCAGGCAUUGUCAACAUUCUCAUCCUAAUCUCCUUCUUUUUCUUCCUCUCACUAGCGGAAUGGAUCUCCUCCAAAAUCAUCCGCGCCGGCAUCAUUGGCCAGAUCGCCGUCGGUAUCAUCUACGGAACGCCACUGGCAAACAUCCUGCAUGCAGACUGGCAAUCCACUUUCCUUGCUCUAGGUUAUAUCGGCUUAAUACUCAUCAUCUUUGAAGGCGGGCUAGGAGCCCGUCUUGACCUCCUGAAGAAGAAUUUCUUCUUGAGUAUGAUUGGCGCUGCAACAGGGGUUCUAUUUCCGAUCGGACUUUCUUACCUGCUCUUGUACUUGGGAUUCGGUUAUGGUGCUGUUGAAACCUUCAUCGUGGGAGCAUCUUUGUCUGCUACUUCUCUCGGCACUACCUUUGCUGUUAUUUCAACCGCUUCCAGCACGGUCGAUCUCGCCCAAACUCGCGUCGGAUCGAUCCUCGUAAGCGCAGCUGUCAUUGACGACGUUGUCGGUCUGGUAAUGCUAAGCGUCAUCAAUGAUCUGGGCGAACUAGGCCAAGGCCACUCUGUCAAUCUAGGCUGGCUAAUUGGCCGCCCGAUUGUAGCCUCCAUCGGCAUGGCUAUUGUAACCCCUCUGGUAACAAAAUUCCUCUUUGCGCCGCUCUUCCGCCGCUAUAUCGAGUAUCACUUCGCUCGAUUCGACCACAUCUCCAACAUCAUCCUGAUGAUCUUGGUCCUCUGCGCAUUUAUCAGCAUUGCCGCGUAUACGGGGACUUCCAUCCUCUUUGGUGCGUUCCUGGCUGGCGAAAGAGAGGAGAAUAAGAGUCCGACAUUUGUACACACUUUCGAGCGGUACCUGCUGGAUGUGCAGAAGUAUCUUAUGGAGCCUCUCUUCUUUUCGAGUAUCGGGUUCGCUAUCCCCUUUGUGCAGCUUUGGACAGGGAAGAGGAUAUGGAGGGGUAUUGUCUUUACUCUUCUGAUGCUUUUUGCAAAGCUCAUCGUUGGAAUCUGGAGCACAAAACCAGUCUGGUCUACAGUCUGUCUCUCCGGCCUACUUCUCGGCUCGGCAAUGGUUGCCCGCGGCGAGAUCGGCCUCCUCAUUGUCGAGGUCGGGUACAAUGAGACUUCAUACGUGAGUGAGGACGCCUUUAUUACCGCCGUAUGGGCGAUUCUGCUUAACACGGUCCUUGGUCCUGUAACUGUGGGGCUGCUGAUGAAGUUUCAUGGAAAGGAGAUAGGGGAGGGGGCAUGGGGGCUUCAGGGGACUGCUCCUGCUGCUGGUGACGAUUCAAGUAUUGAUCCCUCACUUGGGUGA